UUGGGGACACUUGGUGCUCUAAUUCCUCAACUAGCUUAUAAUGGUGCUUCUCUUUUUGCCGACCCAACUUCCUUGUUGUCUCUAACAUUCCUUGUUCGACUAGACAAUAGUCCUUUUCAUUCCCAUCUUUCAUUCACACAUGCACACACAUAUAUAGUUAUAUAAUCACAAGGUUCCAAAAGUCAAGUAAUCUCAAGUACUCUAAGAAAUCUAGCUACUGCUUAUCUCUAACUUUGAAGGUUCCCCAAUAUAUUUGUUCACCUUUGUCUAUUGUCAAAUAUAUCCUAAUUAGUUAGCUUCUUAUACUUCAUGGAGCUUCAAUUAAGCCUUUCUCUCCCCAUUCAUUCCAUUGAGGGAUUUGAUCCUUACGAUCAUGGUUUAAUUAAUCACAGUGGUUGUUCUGAAAAAAAGAAACAUGUCAAAAACAAACGUAGCUUCGAAGAAUCCUUUGGAUAUUAUUUGAAACCUUUGUCUUUAUUAGUAUGGAGUGGACAGCCAAAUGAGGAAGAUAACCACCGCAAUGAAAAAAUGAACACAAACAUUCACACAUCAAACAAUGAAGGAAAAGAAUAUUUGGUGGGGUGGCCACCAAUAAAAUCAUGGAGGAAGAAAGAACUUCAUCAUCAGCAGCAGCAUCAUGGUCAAAUCAGGAUGCAAGGUAUUGAAAAUCAAAGUAGAGGAUCAAAGCCUUUAUAUGUUAAGGUUAACAUGGAAGGUGUUGUCAUAGGAAGGCAAAUCAAUUUGAGACUCUACAAUUCAUAUCAGACUCUCACAGAUUCAUUGAUUAGCAUGUUUGUUAAAUGCCAAAAUUUUGAAGAAGAUGGAUCAAAUUAUACACUCACCUUUCAAACUAAACAGGGGGACUGGAUGCUUACUGGACAUAUACCAUGGCAAUCCUUCAUUGGUACGGUGCGGCGUCUGGCCAUAUUAAGGAAUACAAAAUGAAACUAUCUGAUAAAGAUUAUAAUAUGUACUUUAAUGUGGUUUGUGCUUGGCUGAGUAAAAAGUGAGCAUUUGCUUGAAUCUGUUGCUGAGUAAAGAUCAGAAGUCAAAAUUACAAUUUAUUUGCAAAUUAUUUA